AAUUAAAAAAGAAAAACCUCUCUCUCAUUCUCUCUGUCCCUAAUCAUCGCCUCGUGCUUAGCUAACCUUUCUGUGCCCUAAUUCUUUAUUCCAAUCGAGGUUUCCAGAACCCUGUACCCAAAUUCUCACUUCUCUCUUCUCGAAAUUCUCGCCGGAAUCGUUCUCGGGGGAAGCGCUAAGCGUUUGGGGAAGGCGGCCGAGAUGAGCUUUCAGGAUUACCGGGAUCUGGAAGCGGGCCGCGGGUCGGCUCAGUCCAGGCGCGACCCGACCCAAGCCGUCGCCUCCGGCAUUUUCCAGAUCACCACCGCCGUCUCCACGUUUCAGAGGCUCGUCAACACCAUCGGGACCCCCAAAGACACGCCCGAGCUCCGCGAGAAGCUGCACAAGACGAGACUACAUAUUGGCCAAUUAGUAAAGGAUACUUCAGAGAAACUUAAACUAGCGAGUGAACGAGAUCACCAUACUGAAGUUAAUGGAAGACAGAAGGUUGCAGAUGCUAAACUUGCCAAAGAUUUUCAAGCGGUACUGAGGGACUUUCAGAAAGCUCAACGACUGUCAGCUGAGAGGGAAACAGCAUAUGCUCCUUUUGUUCCCCAGGCUGUUCUUCCAUCAAGCUACACUGCUAGUGAGAUAGAUACCUCAGAUAAGAGUCCAGAACAGCGUGCUCUCCUUGUAGAAUCGAGAAGACAGGAGGUCUUGCUGUUAGACAAUGAAAUUGCCUUUAAUGAGGCUAUCAUUGAGGAACGGGAACAAGGAAUACAAGAGAUCCAGCAGCAAAUUGGAGAAGUGAAUGAGAUUUUUAAAGAUCUGGCUAUCCUGGUUCAUGAACAAGGAACCAUGAUCGAGGAUAUUGACUCUAAUGUUGAGAGUGCUCACGCUGCAACUUCCCAGGCAAAGUCACACCUUGUGAAGGCCGCAAAGACCCAGAGAUCAAACUCGUCUCUGGCGUGCUUGCUGUUGGUAAUAUUUGGAAUUGUGCUUCUCAUUGUGAUAAUAGUACUUGCAGCUUAAUCAGACGGUUAUCUGCAUUUGGUCAGAGACAACUCGUGAUCUGCCCAUCCCUUUUGCUAGUGUAUAUGAUGGGUUAUUUUCUGGGGUCAUCAUGCCCGACUUGAGUAUGUCAUUCCUUGGUCCAGUUUAGUAUAUAACUUUCUGUUACAUUACAUCUGGUUGUUUUGGGUGAGUGGUGGGAGGUUGUUUUUUCUGCAAGUUGAAGCUUGGGCUUCUGAUGGGUAUUCUAUCUGUUAUGUAAUGGUCAAAAGUAUAUGUUAAUAAAAUU